AUGAAGUUCUUCGAUAAGAAGAGAGAUUUGGAGACAUUUCAAGAUGGCGAUCAAAUCGCAGGAGUGGAUGGCACGGAACAAGGUUACUUAGAAGAAGCCUUUGAUCAGGACUAUGAACCUGAAGAUGAAGAUGAACGUGAUUUUAACCUACAUGGACAAUUCGAUGAUAUCGAUGACUGCAAAAGAAAUGAGCUCUUGACAAUGAUGUGCCAGAACUCACUGUCAGAUUCCAAGGAGAUGAUGACUACAAAUCAGAUGACGACGAUUUGGGUGAUGAAGGCGGUGAAGAGGAAGAACCUAUUGUGA